AUGAAAUUCCAAAUCCUAGCCCUCGCUGCUGCCACCCUUCUCGGCCUCUGCUCCUCCGUAGCUGCCAACACAACCCCUCGACAACCUCGAGGGGAUAACUACGCUGCUUCACUCGAAGCUCGAGCUUACUAUCUCAAAGCUCGUCAAGACAUCGCCGACAACGCCACAACCGUUGAUCCAAACACCAUCGAAGAUUGCGAGGAGGACGUCGAAGAUGAUAGUGCUGUCGUUUCCGAUCCUUCUGUCCUUGCUACCGUCAACUCCACCGCCUCAGCAGGAAACUCCACCGCCUCAGCAGGAAACUCCACCACUGUCCCUGACGAAGAAGAAUGUGAAGAGGACGAGUACGAAGAGGAUGACAGUGAGACUUCUGCGGACGAUGAGGACGACCUUCCCUACUGUGAUGAGCUCGAAGGUGAAGAGGAGGAAGGUGACGAUGAUCCAUCUACCGCUGUCUCAUCUUCGGCCACUCCUUCCGCUACUUCUUCACAAAUCGGUGCUAUUCAAGCGGCCGCUGCCCCGUCCGCGGAUGCUUCCAGCGAUGAUGAGUCUUGUGGUGGAGUCACUACCGUGUAUGUCACUGUGACCGCCGGCAGUGACCCCGCCUCUACUCAAGCUGCCGCUACCUCCCAAGCCGUCCAAUCUAUCACCAAUGUCGCUGCUGUUGCCGACCCAACCUCAUCUCCCGCUUCAGCCGCUGCCACCUCAUCGGCAUCAUCUUCCUCUGCUACUGCUGAUCCCGAGGACGAUGAAGAAGAUUUGGAAGAAGAAGAUGACAGUGAAUAUGAUGACUGUGAGGAGGAAGAGGAUGAAGACGUCGUAUCGGCCACCGUUACCUCUACUGGUGUCUCAGUCACUACCUCCGCCACGGCCGUACCCAACAACAACGCUAUCGCUGGCAACAGCACCGCUACCCCUGAAGACGAUGAUGGAGUCGUCACUUCCUCAACUUUCACCUCUGCCGAGUCCGCCCCUACCGAAUCAGCCAUUGCCAAUGCCACCACUGCUAUCACCAACUCUACCUCUGCCUCUACCUCUGAAUCGGUUUCUGCGACUGUAUCUGCUACCGAAAGUGCCACCGACUUCGCUUCUUCUACCGUUUCUUCAACCGAAGAAGCCUUGGUCACGGAAACCGCUACCAACUCUUCCACUGUUUCUUCCAGCCAGGAGGCUUCGGCAUCUGCGACUGAGGCCGAGACUGAAGCCGUCACCGAGGAAGCUACCUCCACAGCCGCCGAGGGUGUCACCGUCACCGCUGAAGAUGCCACCGCUACCGAGACUACAGUAGGCAAAAGACGAAUUUCAUUCUGGUAA